GAACUGGAAAAACCAUUCUCUUCUGUUUUCUUGCAGUACCGAUCUGUACUGCAGUUUUCAAGGCGAGAUUAAAAGGUUUAGAUAAGAGGAUAAGCGCAUUUGACUCAAAUUUCUGAUCUAUGGUGCACUGUUGAUAGCUUCACUGUUAAUUCAGUGUGUGAAGUUUAUGUUUGGACCUUUCCAUCUUUGCGGACCGUAACACGAAGGAAGCGGAAAUUAACUACCCGCUUGCUUUUCCCGGAGCUAACGUUACUCCGGAGUCAGGAAAAUUAACUGCAAACGUAAGCCCUAUAAACAUGAUUUUACUGUUGUUAAAAUCCGGUAUUUCUAUGUAAGGUUAGUUCUUUAUUUCACUGCGUAAGAGGGGUCGGACAGGGAGACGGUCUGCAGUUGACAGAACCCAGACAAGGAAGAUCUGUCACUCCACGGUCAGCAGUGACAAGGACAGAUAUUAGGAGACUAUUAUAUUCUUCCUAUAGAAGCACUUCCUUCUGGAGCUUUAUAUCUGUCUCACAUCCACACAGCCCAUGCCAUGGAGGCAAUAGCUAAAUACGAUUUCAAAGCUACCGCUGAUGAUGAAUUAAGUUUCAAGCGAGGAGAGAUUUUAAAGAUUUUAAAUGAAGAAUGUGACCAGAACUGGUACAAGGCAGAACUCAAUGGAAAAGAAGGAUUCAUCCCUAAAAAUUACAUAGAAAUGAAGCCACACCCCUGGUUUUAUGGGAAGAUUCCCCGUGCAAAGGCAGAAGAAAUGUUAAAUAAACAGAGACACGAUGGAGCUUUUCUCAUUAGAGAAAGUGAGAGUGCACCUGGAGACUUCUCGCUGUCUGUCAAAUUUGGGAAUGAUGUCCAGCACUUCAAAGUCUUACGGGAUGGAGCAGGGAAAUACUUCUUGUGGGUGGUCAAAUUUAACUCGUUAAACUCCUUAGUGGAUUAUCAUCGGUCCACUUCUGUGUCCAGGAAUCAGCCAAUUUUCCUCAGGGACAUUGAACAGCAUUCUACAUACGUUCAAGCUUUGUUUGACUUUGACCCUCAAGAGGAUGGGGAGCUGGGGUUCAGGCGUGGAGAUUUUAUCCAGGUCCUGGACAACUCGGAUCCUAAUUGGUGGAAGGGGGCUUGUCACGGACAAACCGGAAUGUUUCCUCGAAAUUAUGUUACACCUGUCAAUCAAAAUAUGUAACUUGCAGAGAAAAUGCUUGCUUGCUUAAAGCACCUGUGGACAUAGAGCUGGGUUGCCACGGAAACAAAAACCACAGAGUGAUGGAGAGAAAAGGCUCAAUUGGGGACGUUUAUGUCGAUUGGCCGGGAAAAUAAAGACUGUGCUGUUUGGAGUGUGUUUGGAGUGAUUGACAUUUUAAGAAGCACUAUUGGCUGUGUGAGGAAAAAUGCUCCAGACUGAUAUUUCUUUCAUGUACUGUUUUACAUCAGCUAUGCUUUAUAUGCAACUUUAUUUCAUGUUAUAAGACAUCAGCUGUACUAACAAAAAAAAAUAAUUUGUGUGAAGGAAAUUCACAAUAUCACAAUCACAAUACUGUCACAGUUUUGCACCAUGACUGAUUUUGAACACCAUGUUAUGCUUGAUUUUUAUUGUUAAAAUGCAUCACGCAUUUUUCAUGCUUGAUUUAUGAAUUCAUCUUUUGUCAUCUUUCCAGAAGUAAUGUAAGUGUUAUUUGGUGUGAUAUUGUCAAGCAUAAUUACUACAUGCCAUAUAAUUUCAUUCCCAUACAAUAGUCAAAUUAACUUACUUGUAGUUGUCUUUUUGUCUUAAAAGGAUAGUUCACCUUUUUAGACAAAUCCUAUUCAUCCUCUUUUUACAUGUCAUGGCCAUGAUUUCUAAAUUGUCUAAGAUGUGCAUUUAUUUGACCGUUCUCUGUGGAUCCCACCUUCUCGCAUGCUGUGAUUGGUAGAUUAUGUACAAUCCCUACAUGCCAUUGGUUUACUUUCACAAAGUAUGAAACAAAUAGAAAGCAAAGGCAAAAAAGUGUGUUUGGCUUGAAGCUGUGCGGACCGAUUUGUGUGUGAACAUAGAUGUGUAUAGAUUCCCCAUUCAAUCUGCUUCAAGCACAUAACCACGUCUGCCAUCUUGAAACGGUCAACUUGACGUCAUUCACCAUACUAUAUGGGUUCACAGACCAUCGGCUGAGCAGGAUUGUGGCAUCUUUGAAUAUUCAUUGAUGACAAUGAUGAAUGGCCUCAAGUUGACCAAUACAAUUUGAGGGACGGCUUGUGUGUAGUGGCCCAUGGAAACAGUUGCCAAUGAGGCAUCUACGUUUACAUAUGUUUGACAACAAAGUGCUACGAGAGUGAUUUGACAGCAUGCUGAGCAUCUGCUCUUUAUAUCUCUCAUGGUACUUUGAUGUCAAAAACAGAUCAGUCUGCACAGCACUGCUUCAAGCCAAACACACCUGUAACCUAGACAAUUUAGGCAUCUUAGAAAUCCCAGCCAGGAUAUGUCUGGGAAAAAGAGGACAUAUUGAUGAGUACAUUAUGUACUCAUCCUCAUUUGUUCCACAUGUGUACAUAUUUUUUCUGUUCAAAUUCAAAACGUGUUCAGAAUAUGGGUAUUUGUGUUGCAGGUUUGGAACAUCAUGAAGGUGAUGCCUAAAUUGCAAUUUUGAGUAAACUGUCCCUUUAAAUCAAAAUACCUUGAAAAUAAUGUAAUGGUGCCAAAGCCUCUGUAGCAGAUCAGUGAUCAAAUGUAACAAAUUUGGAGCAUUUCAUGAAGCCCUUUAAAAUGGUACUGGUCAUAUGAUUGCAUUGGGGAUUUUCAUAGAGUAUGUUGGUUACUCUAGAUUAUACCCAAAUAAAAUAGAAUAAUGAUAUUUCCAGUGAAACUUCCCAGUGCACUUGUACAGAUCAAGAGUUUAAAUAUCAAACGUUUGAUAUAUCUUCUUAGUAGUGAACAAAAUUCAGUGAUCUUGGACUUUGUGCUGUCUAGAAUGAUGCCAUAUAACUGUGCUGACAAAGGGCUGAACUUGUUUAGAUGGUAUGCAUUUUGUUGUAAUGUCAUUAAAUUUUCUUACCACACGUUAACAGGGCCAUUAAAUGCCACUUUUUGAAGCUGAGGGCUGUAUAGUCUUCAUGAUGUCAUUUGAGGAUGUUUAUUUUUGUUUCUGUUUUUGAGUUUGAGUUUUUCUUUAUGUGGCCCUGGUUAACUAAAAGAAAACAAUUAAGUGUAUGCAUCUGUAAGCCACUUUUGAAUGCUGAAUUGUUUUUUAUCUUAAAAUUGGAAAGCUAAUAUACAUUGAAGCCUUGUAGACAUUCAGUUUCUUUCUACUUGUCAAGGUAAUUUACUUCAAAUUCAGUUAAUUUUUCAAAUGUUUGAUGUAUUAUUAGUUGUGUUGCUUGUGCUCUUAGAAAUGAGAUGUCUAUAUACAUCUGUGUCAUAAUGGAAUAAUGUGUUAUGUUGAAACUAAGCCAUUUCAUCAGCUGCAGUAAACCUCAAUGAUAGAAAUAUACAUGGCAUCCUUUUGCUGUCAGAAGAGUUCAGUUUCAUAAUGCUGGAGUUUAUGUACACCUGCACAAUGUAGAUGAUGAGUGAAAUACAUUUCAUAACAUUUA